GUGGGCCCCCCCGCUCACUUGCGCGUUAGGAGGCUCUGGUCGUAUUGUCGUGUCGUCUUCCUGCCUGCGUCAGGGACCUGCCCUACUCUGUGGUGAGGGCCCUGGCGGCACUGGCUCCAAGGGCCCCGGGCGGCGGGCGGCCUGGGGCCGACCGGAGGAGGCAGGGCGGCGGCGGUCACCAUGGCAUCAGAUGAAGGCAAGCUUUUCGUUGGAGGGCUGAGUUUUGACACCAAUGAGCAGUCGCUGGAGCAGGUCUUCUCAAAAUACGGACAGAUUUCUGAAGUGGUGGUCGUGAAAGACAGGGAGACCCAGCGGUCGAGGGGCUUUGGGUUUGUCACCUUUGAGAACAUUGAUGAUGCCAAGGACGCCAUGAUGGCCAUGAAUGGGAAGUCUGUAGAUGGGCGACAGAUUCGAGUUGACCAGGCCGGCAAGUCAUCCGACAACCGAUCCCGUGGGUACCGAGGUGGCUCUGCUGGGGGCCGAGGAGGCUUCUUCCGUGGGGGCCGAGGCCGGGGGCGUGGGUUCUCCAGAGGAGGAGGGGACCGAGGCUAUGGGGGGAGCCGGUUCGAGUCCAGGAGUGGGGGCUAUGGGGGCUCCAGAGACUACAGUAGCCGGAGUCAGGGUGGUGGCUACGGCGACCGGAGCUCAGGAGGGUCCUAUAGAGACAGCUAUGACAGUUAUGGUAAGUCAUACUCCGAGGGCCUGUGGUGGGAGCUCAGCAAGCUUUGGCACCCUCUGUGAGCAACACUCAGACCUUGUCACUGUGCUUGCCCAUAAGGGACGAGAUUGCCCUCUCAGGUCUCCAUGCCAGCGGCGAUUUGUACCACAAAACAUAAAAGCUAGACCAGACCAAGAAAGAAAGGGAGAUGAGGGGCCCGCUGAGCAGGCAGCAUAAAUGCAUGUGUGGCCACCCAGCCCCGCCGCCCUCAGCUGUGGGGGGGGUUGGUUGCUCCCGAGGCCACAGAGCCGAGCCCUUCAGGUCUGAACCCGGGAGUGGAAUGCUGCCUCUUGUUGCGUGCUUCAGUGCUUUUACACUGUACCUGCUUCUUGUUCUCAGCUACACACAACGAGUAAAAAUCCUUCCUGCUCAAGAUCGUCCUUCCAAUGGCUGUAUAUUUAAAGAUUUUGGGAGCUUCGCUGAAUCGUUAAUGUGUAGUGAACACAUCUCCUUGUACCCACUUUUGUAGUCUUACCAGUUCUAAUCUUGUCAAACACAGCCUGACUGCUUCUCACCCCCUAGAUGGCCUAUUAGACUUUACUUUUUAAGGAAGCGCUGUCAGUUUUUAAGGGUUUUAAAAACGUUUUUGAAAAGCGCUUCUGAUUUUAUGUGUGUGUUUUUUUUUGUUUGUUUCUUUUUGUUUUUUUUUUUUUGUUUUUAAUUUAACCAUGAGCCAUGAGUUUUUGAGAAAAUCAUUGGGGGUUGUGUGGGUUUUUUGGUUUUGGUUGUGUUGUCUUUUUUUAUUUCCCUUUUUAGUGGGGUUGGUUGAAGUUGGGCUCCCCCACCCCCACUUGAUUCAAGUCUCGGAGACUGGACAGACUUUGAGUCCGUUUUUUGUUAGAAGCUGAGCAGGCCGUAGCUUUUUUCCAGUUCCAUGUACUGUUCCUGAGUGUAGCAUGGUGGGACCGGCCCCAGGUGGCAGCAGAGGUGCCUGGCUGUCUGGGCCCAGCCUGUACAGCCCAUCUGCCGUAUAUAGCUCACAGUAGACUCGAAGAUGUCCCUGAGAGGUUCUUGAAAAUGUUUUAUUUAUAUUGUCCUUUUUUACUGGAAGACAUAUGCAUAUCCUAUUGAUGUUGUAUUUGAAGUGGUUAAGGAAUUCUUGUACACAGUUUCUUUGGCUUUACGAAGCUGAUUAAAAGACCGUCUGAAAUGAACCUUGCUCUGACAAUUUCCCUUUCAUUGCUCAACACACUCCUGCUGCUAGCUCUUGGCACUCAGACCUCAGCAGAGAGGGCUGCAAUUUGAGAAGCAGGCCUGUGAGCCCUGCCUGAAGCUUGCAGAGAGCUAGACCAGGAAGGCAGAGUAAACUGACACUGGCAGGCCUCUUGUGACAGCUGACUGCCACUGGUCCUGGUUAGGUGAGCAGGUGGGUGACAAAAGUGGGCAGGUUGGACCUCGAGGUGGCCCUGGCAGGCUUCUGGCGGUAGCAGCCAGAGGGCUUGAUGGGCGGGCAGCUCAGCAGGAACAGUUGACACAUGGGCACUUGACGUUGACCAGACUGCAUAGCCUAGAAGCAGGCCAGAGAGCAGACUGCAGGCAGUGUCCCUGGGUGACCACAGACUGACUGCUUGUUAGCUAGCUCUGCUGUUGCUUUACAAGUUCUGAGAGUUCUCCGCUAGCCUAUGGAAGCUGCAGCCCCUCGGAGGACAGAAGUGUUGUGCGCCCAACAGAAACCUCUGAGACGCAAGCUGCUCCCUUGGCUAGCUCAUAUGUGGAAAUAGCCCUGUAAUUCGAGGUAACUCCUUUUGCUCGUGUCCACAUCCCUCCUCUUGUCAAGAGCUCAUUUGAAAGUAAAAUUAUGUGCCUGGGUAAUGUUUCUUUGACUGUUUUUUGCUUUUCCAUUUUCUUUUUUAAAAAAAUCAAGCUGGAACUAAAGUCAGAUCCCAGCCAUUAGCCCUUCCUCGCCUGCAGCCAGGCGAGCAAGCCAGGCAGUUGUGCUUUGCAAGUAGGUUCAAUCUGUAAGCAGGAUUGGAGAGCACUGAGCAUCCUGCCUUUUGGCUUUUUUGUUCAUCAAUUGACAGUGUUUUCCAGAUCUCCUUGUCACACUCCUAACUUACAGCUCUCUGAUGUUUGUUGCCACCAUGAGUUUUUUUCCCAGAUCCCACACCAUUCUCUAAGCAGCUCCAUCCCCAGUGGGUAGCUGGCUCUGCUUAGGGAUGGAAUGUGGCCUGGUCAAGGCUCAGGCUUGCCCUGGUCAUGCCAACCCAUGAUGGGGGCUCUACCAGGAUGGCCCGAUGACUAGCUUGAGACCCUCCUAGGAGCUGUGGAUGGUUUCGGGUGAGGUGGGGAGGGGCAGCUGUGAGCACGUCCAAGUCCCUGGGGUAACACUCCUUUGUUUUGGCAGGUUGAAGGGAAGCCAGUGCAACUCAGAAGGGUGGCCCAACAGCAGUGAUGGCCUGGGAUACUGUCCCAAGAGGGAUUUCACCUGGGAGCAGGAGCCAAAGACACAGCAGCCCCCUGCUCUCAUAGCCUGUCACCUCAGGUUUCUUCAUUGGCAAGGAUGGAGUGCAGGGCUUCAAGUCACUCCAGGAGGACGAGUGAGUGGCAGCUUGCACAUGGCCAGUCCUCACCAGCAACAGUGUGGCAGGACAUGGGAUUCAGAUUUGAAUAAAGGACUGGUGUGUCUA